AUGGAGAAUUCAUCGGACCUAACCGCGCUUCCCGAAGAUGAUCUUCAGAAUGAUGAGACUACCCCUCAUAGUCCGGGCGAAUUAACAUCCGCCUUUUCCUCUAAGCCCGAUCGUCCUCCCAUUCAGACUUCAUCACAAAAAUAUGCACCUUUAGAUUGGUCUAUGUACUUUGACGAAGAAGAUGAUGUUUCCAUCCCAGGCUCGGACAAUGUUUUUCACAUUUAUAAAGCUGGAACCGAAGGUCCAGUUGUUUUCUGUCUCCAUGGUGGGGGUUAUACAGGGCUCUCAUUUGCUCUGUCAGCAAGAAUAAUAAAAGAAAAGGCUCGGGUGGUAGCAAUGGACUUGAGAGGGCACGGGAAGUCAUCCACUGAUAAUGAUCUAGACCUAUCUAUUGAGACUCUUUGCAAUGAUGUAGUGGCUCUGGUUAAGACAAUGUAUGGGGAUUCCCCUCCAGCUAUUGUCAUUGUUGGCCACAGCAUGGGAGGCUCUGUUGCUGUUCAUAUUGCUGCAAAGAAGUUGCUUCCCAGCUUGGCUGGGCUGGUAGUCGUGGAUGUUGUUGAGGGAACAGCAAUGUCUUCAUUGAUCCAUAUGCAGAAGAUAUUAUCAAAUCGGGUGCAGCAUUUUUCAACUGUUGAGAAAGCGAUUGAAUGGAGCGUCAAAGGAGGCUCUUUGAGAAACGUUGAAUCUGCACGUGUCUCUAUUCCGAGCACAGUAGUAUAUGACGAGUCGAGAAAGUGUUACACUCACCGAGCUAGACUGGAAAAAACCGAGCAAUACUGGAGAGGCUGGUAUGAGGGCCUUUCGGACAAAUACUUGUCAAGUCCUGUACCAAAGCUCUUGCUCUUGGCGGGCACAGAUAGACUGGACAGGGCUCUCACAAUAGGUCAAAUGCAAGGAAAGUUCCAGAUGGUAGUUGUCAGACAUACGGGCCACGCCAUACAGGAGGAUGUGCCCGAGGAAUUUGCAGAUCUUAUUCUCAAUUUUAUAUCACGAAAUCGAAUUGGUCCUCAUGGAGUCGAGAUACCAGGAAUUCAAACUUGGUCCCGUCGAAAUCUUGUGCACUGA